ACGGCGAUGGCGACGGCGACGACUGCAAUGGGCCAAGAGACGACUGCGACGCCGCUGCUGCUGAAGUCAUGCGCGGACGAAGAUGAUGGCAAGCUCGAUAAGGCGACGCAGGAGGAGAUGAGGAAGAUAGAGAGGGAGAUCCGGGAGGUGAGGACGUGAGUCUCUCACCUUUCCUUGCGGGAUGGACGAGAGGUAUCUGCAUAGAAUAGGACACCCUCGCCUUGCCUUGCUCAGGCAGCUCGAGCCCGAAAAAAAAAAAUCGAGGGGCUUGGCGGCGCCAGGUCCAGAAAGCUCUUGCUACUGCCGCGCUCGCCGCACAGCUCGCAGGCUUGGACAAGUCCGGACCACGCUCGACAAGAUCGUGCACGGGCUUGGCCUGUUCGCACACGGACGACGAAAGGGGCUCGCUGCUCAGCUUGUCUCGUUUGGCGGAUCGGCGACAGCAAGCACCACGCCGGCGAUAAGAUGCAGCCCCCCUGCGUCACGACGAGCUCCGCGGCAUUCUGAGCUCCCUGGCCUCUCGUCGAACGGCCAAAACAUGCCAUCCUUGUUCUGCACGCGCUCUCGAGGCACAAGUCUCGCGCAGGGAGCAUUCUUCGACGAGAACCGCCCACGACGUAAGCUAGCGUCGCACCGCCCCUCUCUCACCCGUCUUGCGUCUGUGCAGUCGAGAACUGCUCUCUGUAUAUCCCAUGCACUACCUCCGCCCUCUGUAUUCUCCCAGCAACGCGUGACCGGCGCAGCGGAUGGCGCCAGUGCCUCUGCUGCCACGCUGCCCAUGAUGCUACGAUGCCACGGAUGCACCGCGCAACCCUCUGGCCUCCCACGCGGCCCGCCUCGCCAUGACUGAGUCUGUGUCCUGAGCAAAGCCGAGCUGUCCGAGUGCACUCGUCGCGCAAUCGCGCGCGCGACGGAAAGAGCACGUCAUCGAGUUCGUUCAUUCCA